UCUUCCCAAAUAUUAUAUUUUCUAAAUAUAAUCUUUUUGAAAUGUUUAUUCUUUCUCGAUCUAAAUUAUGUUUCGAUGAUUUGGUUUCUUAGAGAAAUGAUUAAAAUUCUAGACAGUUGCGAAACUGUGUGAAACACAGCGUAAGAAGGACCAGUGAUUUUCUAUCUGGCUUAUCCUAGAACCCUCUAAUGGACAUAUAUCAAAAGCAAAACAGGUAAAAAGCAAUGGCGGCCAUUGACUGAGAAAUUGAUAAUUUCAAUUUGGAAAACUUUAGAAACAUGUGAUCUACGUGCUUCGAUAAAUAAAACGAUUAGAGGUGUGGCCAGAGGGUGGGGAACUGAUAUUGCUUGCAAGUAUAGAAAUGGCACGCAGUAUUUGCAGGCAAUGGAGGACAAACGAAUGGAUCAGCAUUUAAAUCGGUCAAGCAUUGAGUGGUGGUUGCUGGCGGAUGAAGUAGAAAGGAAACACGGCAGGCAGGAAGGAGCAAACUAACGAGCGCGUCUAAGUAAUGAGCGAGACUCGGCAUCAUCUUCGCUCGGUUUCGGACUUAUACGCAGCCGACGAAAUAGAGGUACUUCUCUUGGAAGAAAUUCGUGACUUGGAACCGCCACCCUCUGCAUAUUCUAAACCUGAGGAUAUUCAAGACUUCGAAAUCGCAGGUAGUAGAACAGGGGGGCGAGUUAGCUCCCAAUCAUCGGAACUGGAUUCACCAGGAAUCCAUUCCACAGUCCAUUCCUGGGACUCGCACGCAAAUUAUCAUGAUCAUUAUGGCCAUAAUGACCAUCAUAGGCAUGGCCCUUCCUCAAAUACACUGCCGUGGCCACGAACUAGUCAUUUGGUUUUUUACUGCGACAUACAGGGUCAUCUUAGAACAGCUACUGGCGCUGUUCGACUCCUACUACUUAUAUCAUCCGCAGCUUGUUUGGUUACUUUAUGCAGUUCUGGUACUGCCAAAGUCAGUCUUUUUAUGCUGCCUCUGCCCGGACGUUUGAGAUUCAUGAUAUUUGUCGCUGUUCUCUGUUUCUUGAUAACUGCAUUACUUCUUUUUCUUGAUAUUUCGCACGUUAUUUAUGUAUUUCCUUUCAAUUGGUCCAGACUGAAUACAUGGGUGUUCACUGGUAUAGGCUUAUCUUACUCAUUAAGCAGUGCGCUAUUGGCAUACUCCAUAUGGGAAUACCAUAGCGGAGGUUGGGUACCGCGACGCACACGUUCCCAAUUAUCUGCCGCUGCAGCACUUGGUAUCUCGUGUGCUGUUUUAGCAUUUGUACUUUCUCUAAUACAAAGCCGCAGUGGGUCAAAUUAUGAGACUCAGGAUAUUCACAAUCACACACCAACGCCACUUUACAAGCCUGUUGACAACUCCUCCUCUUCCGGGAUCUGUAAAAGGACACUAUUAUAUUAAGGAAUAGACAAUAGUAUGUAGUGUGAUAUUCUGCUACAACAAUGUGUGAGUCGUCUGAUAGUAUAAUAAGAAUGUGUAUACGUAUCAAAAGCACCUUCAUUUGGUAGCUGGAAAUAUACAGGAUGUUCCUGAAAUGUGUUCUAAAUACAUAAUAUUCAUUUCCAUAACCCAAAUAAAUAAAAACAAAAAAAAAUUUUAUAAUGUCAUUACAAUGAUAAACUUGUAAGACCUUUGUUAAAUUUGCAGUACAAAAACAAUAACAAAUAUCAGACUGAAGUAGUGUUAUAAUGUACGAAGAUUAUAUUAAAGUCAAGAAUGAUUAUCCAUCUAGCCGAUGUAUCCAUUGUGCAGGGAUAAUUAAUAACAUGCUUUAAAUUUAAGUACAAGGCAAGGACAUGGUAUUUUCUGAGCCCUGUUAUAUAAAGUUUUUCGAUUAUAGAAAUAUGUAAGGCUAUUAGUUGAAGUUUAUAUUAGAUCAACUGACAUUGUAACGAACGAAUUUAUUUUAUUAUUUACAGCAUGCGUUCAACGCGUUUGCGUAUAACGCGGGGAAAAUUAAGUAAAUGUAAACGAUGUCGUUAGACCUAUUUCUCAAACGCGACUCAAGGAACGAGAUCUGGGUUACCCUUUGACUGACUGACCAUAUGUUACUGCAUGAUUAACUUCACGAAAAGCACUGCUGCCACUGGUUGUUAUAAUAAAACCCUCGUACAUAUUUAAUAUAACGGUCGUUCCUACGUUCGUUCUACGUGCUGUGAAUACUUUACUUUGAUUAUCUUCACAAUAGAAUAUUAAUAUUUAUUGAUCUACGAUCAGCGUAUACAUCAAACCAAAACAUAUUGUUGUUGUUUUUAAAUAUAUUUAGUUUACAUGUACAAUGUCAAAUAAGUUAUACGUUGACACACACGUAAAUCGAACGUUAUGUAGUCUUCGAACCCACCAAAGUAAACGCUGUCCAUGUAACACGUACACAAACAUAUAUACAACAUACAUAAUACACAUAAUAUAUCAAUCGUCGCGUAUUCAUUGCUCGAUUUACAUCGCAGAAAGAGUGUUAGUUACUAUAUUAAACUAAUUGUAUUAUUUUUCAACGAUGUAUCAGUGUAGAAUGAAUUUAAAUUCUGCAAAAAAAGACUUGCAGUAAUAUCAGAAAAAUACAGAUAGAAGUAAUAAAACAAUUAGAUGAUGGAAAAAAACUU